AUGGGGAGCUCCAGGGCCAGAAUCCUGGCGCGACUCUGCAUACCGCUCCUCAUCCUCUGGAACCUUGGACUCGCGGUCUUUGUGCUAAGCCCGAUUUGCGUGGCGCUCUUUGUGACUCAUCCGAUCCGACUCAGUCGAGCGGCGGUCUUCGUGCAAAGCAUCGUCUGCGCCAUCUACAGUCUCGUCCUGUUCGUCCAGCUUCUUAUGUGGCUACUAUACCGAGCACUACGACCGUGGUAUGCGCUGACCUGGAUGACGAAAGGAAAGGUGUCCAUGCCAGGGCUGACCCACUCCAAGGACAUUCACCCCGUGAUCCUGGAGGCUGACUGCCUGUGCGGCUGCGAGUAUGCUGUCAGCAACUACGCCUUGUUGCAGCUUGUAACGAUUGCGUUGACCUCCUUGGUGAAGUCCCUUCUGGUGGCGCUGCGGUGUCUCAAAGGCCUCCGUAACGCACAGUGGGCCAACCUGAUCACCGUCCUCUUCAAUGUUCCAAUCAACAUCUACCCGGUCACGUGGGCCUCCAUCGAUGCCGAGCUACCCCCUGGAGUGACGGAGGAGACGGAGACCCAGGGAGAGCCUGCCUUCGACCCCUUCGUUCUGAUGGAUGAGCAACUGAACAGCGGCAACACCCGGCUGGAGCUGGCCGCGGCCUGGACGUGGGGCGGCACCAGCCCUCCUCGCUGUGGCGACGUAACGCCGCGAGCCGCGGAUGCGAUCGGCUGCUGCGGCUUUCCCUACGCCCGGAGCCUUCAGGACCCUGUCGAUCCUGGCAGUCCUACGGAGUCCACCGUCCCGCUCCUUGCUGCUUAG